CGGGGAAGAAAGGCGAAGGAAAGUAUCCUGGGUAGGCAAUGAAAGAAGGAGCACGCAGAUCUGGGAGUCAUCCUUGUUUUUUUGCAUCUGGUUUUGUGUGCACCUGCAGAGGUCUGAGAGAUAUCCCGCCGCAGGCUGGGUGACCCGGAGGGCAGGAGCAGCAUUACGCCAUCUCCAAUGGCCUUGUCCGAGGCAGUAGGACGUAAAAAAAGCGGUAUCGAGCCCCUGCGGCUGUUGCGGACGUUCUCCUCCUACGUCCCAUUUCUUCGAGCCGCUCUGGCUAUCGGUCGACGUCGUGUUCCGUUCUCUCUCGGCUGUUAAUGACCGCUGCGUCCCGGUCACUUUGCACGGCCUUGCUCUUUCUCGCCUUUGCCGCAGCCUCCCCGUCAGACGCACCAGCCCUCGUGGGGACUACGUCGGCAUCGUGAACAGUGGGGCGACGUGCAGCAUGACCAGCGUCCUGCAGUCGUUGUACCACAUCGGCAAACUCACCGACGCCAUCUAUCGCAUGACGAAUGAGGAAGACGUGGAGGUGAGCGGUGACUGACCCAUUCGUCCAUCCAUCCAUCCAUCCUGCACUCACCCUCUCUCUGUGUGUGUUGUGCAUAUGGGAGGGGAACACGCCUUCUCUGGCUUUGGCGGUGCAGACGGUAUUCUACCACCUACACGAGUCCCACCAGGCCGUCGACAUCAACCCACUCAUCAAGUACACACACACACACACACAGACAGACAGAGAGAGAGAGAGAGAUACAGAGCGAUGAGGUGAUACAUGUGUGUGUGCGUUGGUGCGGGCCGCUUGGUUGGGAUUCAGAGGCCUUCCCGCAGUACGAUGCCCAGGAGCUGACCAGACUCCUGUGCGACGAACUCGAAGAGCAAAUGAAGGUCCGUCCAUGCGUUGCGUCUUGAGGUCAAUGCACACCCACAUCAGUGCCGGUGGCUUGUGUGGUGUGUCGUAUCUGUCAGGGUACCUCUGUUGAAGGCACCAUCGCCCGUCUCUUCGAGGGCGAGCUCGAGACUUAUGUGUCCUGCACUGAGGUCGACUACACAACAAAAAAGACGGAACAGUUCCCCGACAUUACGGUAACCCUUUUCCCUCACCCGCCCCACACACACGUCCCCACACACACACACUCAUGUGCCAAUGUGUGUGCUCCGUCUGUGUGCAGUUGGAUGUGUUUGGUUGUUCCAGCUUAGAGGCGUCGCUGCGAUACUACACACGGGAGGAUCUGCUCGUGGGCCAGAAUCAGUUCUGGACCGAGCACUUCGGCCCGCAGAACGCCAAGAAGGGCGUGCGCUUCCUCAAGUUCCCACCUGUGAUGCGCUUCCAUCUCAAACGGAUCCGGGUAUGCAGAGAGAGAGACAGACCCCCAGCGCUCAAAUGAUUCGCGUUACAUGGGUAUUAUCAGUUUGAUAUGGAGCGCAUGGACAAUGUCAAGGUCAACGACCGUUUCGAGUUCCCCGAGACGCUCGACCUCGAGCCGUUCUGCCAGGGCGCCGGCACAUACAUCCUCCACACGGUCAUCGUCCACCGAGGUGGGUACAAAAUCCACCCACACACACAGAAAGAGAAAGACGGCAGACACGGCCUCUUUCCCCGUCGGUGUGAAUGGAUUGUCAGGUGGGCUUGACAGCGGCCACUUCUACUGCUUCAUCCGCCCGACCCCCGGCAGCCAGUGGAUCCGUUUCGACGACCACAUCGUCUACUCGACGUCGACUGUGGCGGCCAUCGACGAGAACUUCGGCGGGGGGGGCGACGAGCGGCGCGGCAGCGCCUACAUACUCGUGUAUGUCAAGGAGAGUGAGGCGCAGGACAUACUCUACCAACCUGACCCCAAACAGGUGGGUACCUUGGCACGGAGGGAGACAUAUGUGUGUGUCUGUGUGGUUAUAUGGGUGUAUGGGUGUGUGUCUGUGUGUCCGUGUUGUCAGGUGAAUCCGGAGCUGGUCGAGCGCAUGCAGCGUGACGAAGAGGAAAACCUGAAGCGCCUUUGACUCAGAGAGGAAGUCGCAAACAGCAUGAGGUCCGUCCGUCAGCACCCACGAUUCCACCGACACACCCUUUGAUAUCUGUACCUUCUUCACCUGCUGCAGUGCAGGAUUCGUCACUGAAUGAGGACAACAUUGCCAUGGCAACCGCCACUCUUAAACCACACUGAAUGAAGGAUGCCCAAAUCGACGGUUAUCUGGAGCUGAUUGUCGCCGGCACCUGGCACGGGGGGCUCGGCGUGGAUCCAGAUGGUUGGUUGCUUGAUGCCUCUCGUCUUUGGCAAGCCCGCCGAAGGGCUAGUGGGCCUGCCAAAGACGACUGGUAGCUCUGCUCUGCGAAACGACGUCAAUUCACCUGGCAGUAUAUGGCUGGGCUGGCUUGCCGCUUGCCUGCCUGGGUGGCCUAUUGUUUAUCAGAGAGCCUGUCUGUGUGUGCAUGCAAUGGAAGCCGCGUAUGUGGUUGGUGGGUGUGGAAUUGUGUUGCUGUGAUGGCUCACGUGGCUGGUGGCUUCAUAGCUGGGCUGGCUUCAAUUACAUUGCAUGGCCUGCUCUUCGUCCGGGGGUUUGUGUGUUCGUCACACAAGACUCGUGUGAAUGCUGAUCUCUCUUUUUCGUGCCCUGCGUGAUCUGUGCCUUGCGUCGCGUGCCGUGUCUCACUCAUGUACUGCUGACAGUGGUUGUUACAUUUUUGGUGCUCCGCUCUGUGUGCGAAUAGCGUGUGGGUGGGUUGGGGGACACCAGGGCGAGUCAGGCUCAGAUGUGGCAUGUGAUGCGGAAGCGAGACACAAGGAAUCCAUUUAUUGGAUUCAUUAUAAGUGAAUCCAGUCUCUCGC